AUGAAGGCCAGCUCGCGGCCCAGUGGGGCCCAGGAGCCCAGCAUGGCGCGGGCGACCGUCCGGAGCGUGGGGGGCUUCGCCUUUGGCCUGGCACUGGCCACGGCCUAUGGGAUCCUGGAGUUGGUGGUGGAAGGGCGCAGCCCCUGGGGGUGCCUGGUGGGCACCUUCACCUUGGCGGCCUUCCUCGGCUUGGGCAUGGGCUUCUCGCGCCAGGUCCGCGUCACUGUCCUUCUGGUGCUUCCCCAGGCCUUCUCGAAGCAGGGCCGGACGCUGCUCCUGGUGGCUGCCUUUGGGCUGGUGCUGCAGGGCCCUUGUACCAACACCCUGCGCAACUUCACCCGGGCCAGCGAGGCUGUGGGCUGUGGGGCAGAGCUGGCCCUGAACCAGACAGCGGAAAUACUGCAGCGGGCACGGCAGCCCCUCGUCAGUGCCCUGAGCAAGAUCAAAGCCAUCGUGAUAAAGGCCAAGGAAGUGGCUGACAGGGUGCGCAAGUUCUUCCGCGCCAUCAUGGACAACGUCAAGCACGUAGCCAGGACGCUGCGGAACGUGUGGUUCUGGCUCCUGCACAUCGGGGACGUGUGCAACGCAGAGCUGGGCAACCCCUACACGAAGUGCGCGCACGUCUUCGACGACGCCAAGGCCCACUGCAUGCAGCUCAUCCCCCACGCCUACUACCUGUGCUACGUGCUCAUGCCCUUCAAGCUGGUGCUGUGUGGGCUGGCCAGCGUGGUCCAGGUGUUCUGUGUCAUCCCUCAGUACAUCCAGCCCUUCCUGCGCCAGACCAUCGGCACCCCGGUGAUCAAGCUCAUUAACCGGGUGCGGCGGGAGUUCGAGUUCAACGUGACCGCCACGCACUACUUCUCCGUGAACCUCAACGCCUCGCGGAGCCUGUCGCAGGUGGCGCUGGACCUGCACGAGGCGGUGGGCCUGAAGGUGUACCGCGUGCGCGAGGUGCUGGCGCUCAUGGGGUACAGCACCCCGCUGCUGCUCAUACUGCUCUACCUCCAAGCCCUGUUCUACCGGUACCGGUAUCUGAACUGGGACCAUUUCGACAACAUCUACAUCACCGACCGCUUCCUGCGCAUGGAGGCCCUGCGCGCCAGGGCCGGGCUGCCCACCGUGCUGCCCCUCAGCGCCCAGGAGUCGAAGCAUUACAUUCGGCCGGGCUCCAUCAUCCUGUCCAGGUGGGAACAGCUGCUCUACCUCCUGUCCAUGCUCCGCCUCAUCCGCCACAUCUUCCUGGUGCUGCUGCUGGUCUUCCUGGACUACGCUGUCUUCUGGGUGCUGGACCUGGCCCGGUACCACCUGCAAGGAGAGAUCGUGGCCCGCAGCCCCGUGCUGGUCUCCAUAACAGUGAAAGGUGAAGGCUACACGGGAACCAUCUUCCGGGACCUGGUGUCGGCCUUCGAGGUCCUGCAGCAAGGGAAUGUCAGUGUCCUGUCUCACCGCUGCCUCCUGCGGCCCUCGGAGCCCGACCCCACCAGUUACAUAGCUAUCGGUGCCAUGUACGGCCUGUGCUUCUUCGUCACCCUGUUUGGCAGCUACAUCAGCCGGCUGCAGCGGCUCAUCUGCGCGUCCUACUACCCCUCCAGGGAGCAGGAGAGAAUCUCUUACCUCUACAACAUGGUUCUGAGUCGCAGGCACACCCUGUCAGCGGCCCUGCACCGAACAGUGCUGCGGCGGGCAGCUGACCAGGGUUAUGCGAGUGUCCUCCAGGUGCUGGCCCAGAGGUGCUUCUACCUUGUCCCAUUUCUGAGUCACUUCUGGCUGCCCAAAUCCUACUGCCUGGGGUGUGGACAGACCCAGGAACAGGUGGACACCGAGAGCUUGGUGCCCUGUAGCACCCCAGGCUGCAAAGGUCUCUUCUGCCCCACCUGCUUCCGACUCCUGGACAACACUUGCCCAGUAUGCUCUGCACCCCUCUCCUACCAGGGCACAGUGGACCUGGAGGGGGACUCCAGUGAUGAGGAGGGACUGGAGCUCCAGCCAGCCGCCACCUGGAGGAAGAACCCUGAGCAGGAGUGGCUGCUGGGAGCAGGGGACCCCAUGCUGGCCUCCAGCUCGGAGUCCAGGUGA